UGGUGCCUUACAACAAUGCCAAGCAAGACUGUCCUACCCACAGCUGAGGAAGCUCUGCCAGGUCGGGCUGAAGCUCUGCAAGUGGCACCCAAACAUGUAGUCAAUGGGAAGUCAGCACUUGAACCAUUCCCAGCAGGGCUAGAGCUGGCAAUGUUUGGUAUGGGUUGUUUCUGGGGUGUAGAGCGUUUGUUCUGGAAACAAAAGGGGGUAUUUUCCACACAAGUGGGAUAUGCCGGAGGGUUCACCCCAAAUCCCACCUACCAAGAAGUAUGCACAGGCCUCACUGCUCACAUUGAAGUUGUCAGAAUUGUGUUUGAUCCCAAAGUAAUAAAUUACAAGACCCUUCUGCAGUUAUUCUGGGAGAACCAUGACCCCACGCAGGGGAUGAAGCAAGGUCAGGACAUUGGUACUCAAUACCGCUCUGUAAUAUUCACCUAUGGGGACCAGCAAAGAGAAGCAGCUCUACUGUCAAGAGACACCUUCCAAAAGGAGCUGACCAGUCGUAACCUGGGUACCAUCACCACGGAGAUCCACCCCGCUCCUGUGUUCUAUUAUGCAGAAGAUUAUCACCAGCAAUAUCUGCACAAGAAACCUGAUGGCUACUGUGGUUUGAAGGGCACUGGAGUGUCUUGUCCCAUGGGGGUAUAAUGUGCUAGUAUAACCCUGCAUAACACUGCUAGUAUUUCAUGCUGCUGCAAUGACUUCAUAACACACUGUUAGAGAGUAAAUAAAUACAAUGUAAGAUGGUAAAACAAA